AUGGGGAAGAAAAGCUUAGGCCGUCAAAAGGUUGAGAUGGUGAAAAUGAAGAACAAUAGCAAUCUUCAAGUGACUUUCUCGAAACGUCGUUCCGGUCUUUUUAAAAAGGCUAGUGAACUUUGCACCCUUUGCGGUGUUGAAAUCGGCAUCAUCGUCUUCUCUCCGGGCAACAAAGUCUUCUCUUUCGGCCACCCUGAAAUCGGGAACGUCAUCGAUCGGUAUGUCAACGGUAACCCUCCUGAUAAUUCGGGUACGUUGCAUCUCAUCGAGGCUCACCGUAAUGCUAAUGUUCGUGAACUCAACAUGCAGCUCACCGAGUUGGUGAAUCAGAUCGAAAUCGAGAAACGGCGGGGCGAAGAGCUUAACCAAAUGAGAAGAGCAAGCCAAAGCCAGUACUGGUGGGAAUCACCGAUCGAGGAACAGAACCCUCAACAACUCCAGCAGUUGAAAUCUGCAUUAGAAGAGUUGAAAAAGAAUGUGGCAAAGCAAGUGGAGAAGCUUCUUAUUCAGACAACGAAUUCGCAGCCGUUUUUCGUCGGGAGUUCAAGUGCCGGGAUGUUCCCCAACAACGUCGAGUUCGACCCGAACACGAUGUCUCAAGGAUACAACAAUGUUCCCAACAUGAUACCUCCAGGAUUCAACCCUAAUCCUGAACUAUACAAUCCUUGUCCUCCUGGAUUCGGACAUGCGUUUUUUUAA